UCCACAUUCAGUGCCGUCGCGGCCGUCGAGCUGUUCACACGUUUGUGUAGCUACGUAAAAUAAUUAUAUAAAGAUGUCUCAACAAGGACCAGCGUUUGACGUGAACGCUAUGACCCUCACCCGCUGGGUGCUGGCCCAGCAGCGCACAGCACCGACGGCCACAGGCGACCUCACACAACUCCUCAACUCCAUACAAACAGCAGUCAAGGCCAUACAAUCCGCUGUCAGGAAAGCCGGCAUCGCUAAACUGCAUGGCAUCUCGGGCGACACCAACGUUCAGGGUGAGCAGGUGAAGAAGCUGGAUGUUCUCUCCAAUGAUCUGUUCAUCAAUAUGCUCAAGUCUUCCUUCACCACCGCUCUACUGGUCUCCGAAGAGAACGACAGGGUCAUACAGGUGGAAACAGAAAGGCGAGGCAAGUACGUGGUGUGUUUCGAUCCUCUGGACGGCUCCUCCAAUAUCGACUGCCUGGUCUCCGUUGGAUCCAUCUUCUCCAUUUACAAAAAGAAGUCACCCGGAGCGGAGGCGGUGGAAGCGGACGCCUUGCAGCCGGGCCACGACCUGAUAGCAGCUGGAUACGCCCUCUACGGGUCAGCCACUAUGCUGGUGAUAUCCCUGGGCAAGGGCAAGGGAGUCAAUGGGUUCCUCUACGACCCUUCGCUCGGAGAGUUCAUUCUUACCGACCCCAACAUGAGGAUUCCCGAGAAGGGGAACAUUUUUUCUAUUAAUGAAGGUUACGCGGCAGAAUGGGAGCCAGGCCUACUGAAGUACAUCGAGGACAAGAAGCGGCCAAAGACAGGCAAGGCUUACGGCGCGAGAUAUGUUGGCUCUAUGGUGGCAGAUGUGCACCGGACCAUCAAAUAUGGCGGCAUCUUUAUGUACCCCGCUACUAAGUCUGCGCCUAAUGGCAAGCUCCGUCUCCUGUACGAGUGCAACCCGAUGGCGUUCAUAGUAACAGAGGCGGGUGGUCUGGCCACCAACGGCAAGAUCCCAGUGUUGGACAUCCAGCCCACCAGCAUCCACCAGCGCGCGCCCUGCUUUCUCGGCUCCAAGCAGGAUGUCCAGGAGUUGCUGACGUACUUGAAGUGAUCUGACAGCUGGUUGUGGAGUUGGAAAUAUUCUGGAGGGAGUUUUCUCGUGUUUGUAGCAAAAUAUUCAAUUUUAAAUCCACCCAUUUUUUUACUUUUAUGUCUGGAAAUCUCUUUGUAAAUUACAGUCCCAAAUCAACCUAUAUUUAACCCUUUCGGUGCAACGUUGUCGUACCAAAAAUGUCUUCCACGUACUGAACCAGCGAAACAAAUGUUCGCUUUUCAAAACUGUUUCGAAAUUCGUGCACCGUAUAUACUUAAAAACGCAUUUUCACCGAUUUGAGGGGGUUAAGAUAAUCCCCUCAAAUAAAUAAAUAAAUUAUACCCUCAAAUCUCCUCAAGUAAUCCUUCUAUACUUAUCUUUGGAGUAGAUUACUAUCGUCUGACCACCGGGGUUACCCACUGGUAUCUAAAAUAGUUAGAAAAAACUGGCAAUAUUUCCACAGCUCUCAGUCUUUUCCUCGAAUAUUUUCAAGUUUUAGGUGAUCACUCAAAAAAUGUUACUAGCUAAACUAUAAAGUCUGACAUCUAGUGAUAUGGUAUUGUAUAUAGAUAUAGCAUUUGAAUAAACAAUAAAACACUAUUUAAAUCCA